AUGAAAAAGCUCCUGACAAAAUCUUUCCUUAGUUAUUCGUUGGAACUGAUAGAGAAGGAAAUGGCGUCCAUAAGCAAGCUUGUUGCUCUUCUCAAGGCCGCCAACGAGGAGACUAUAUCAACCCGGCAAGAUGUGGUGCCUGCCGCGCGCGACCGCAUCGACAGAAAGAUCUUGGAGGUUGUCAAGACCUCCCUACGCUUCAGAGGGCGCCUCGAAGACAUGGACCGCCCUAGCGAGGCCAAUCGCCGUCUCCCUGGCUGCAACGAGGGAACAGCCGCUGAUCGGAUCAGAACUGUGCUGAGAAAUAUGCUCCGCAGGAAGCUCAAGGAGCUAAUGAUGGAUUUUAAGAGAGCAAGGCAGAGCAUAAUGGUGGAUUUCAUGAUUAGGCGCCGUUGCUUUACUGUACCAGGGGAAAUACCUUCCGAAGAGGUGUUGGAGAUGAUGUUUUCCGAAGAGAUGAGCGAGGAGAUACUAAGGGCAGCCAUCUAUUCAAGUGGACAGUAUAUGCACGAUGCGGUAAAGUAUGCGAAAAACAGUCUGCUUGAAUUCUACCAAUUAUUCUUGAACGCGGUGGUGCUAGUUGAUUCACUAGGUGAGAAGAUGAAUGAUAUAGAAUACCAUGUCUCGAACACUGCUAACUACAACAUCAAGGGCGGGACUAAGGUGCUCAAAUCUGCUUAG